GAAGUUCCGGAUCUUCCGCUGUUUGUUAAAAAGGUCUUGACCGGGUUUUCGGGUCAUGAUGCGGGAUGUAAUGUGCGUGCCUUGCGCACCCGCGAGCGAGCGAAAGGGGGAUUAUCCAGACUCCUUCCCCUUUUGUGUUGCUAUGUAACUUUGAUCUCGUCUUUUUUUUAACCGCACUUCCAAGACUUGCAAGACAGACGGUUUAGGUCAUGACCUCCGCUUCGGCAAAGAUGCGAACCAGGUCGACGUCGGCAGUGAAGCCCUCGCAGAGUGUGCGGAGGUGACAUGCCGCGAUCGUUUGCGGAAUGGCGCUCGGCAAGCCGGGAGGCUUAACCCAGGAACGUGGCCUGGGCGUGUAGCAUCGGGCCGUACUGACUUGGGCGCCAUCUUGCUUCCAAGAUUCUUUCCUGGACUGCCUUUUUGACACUUUGCCGCUUGAUCGCGGCUACGCUGCUUUGCGCGCGUGGGGAACGACAACCCUGCAAUCUUCGGGACAUCUAUUUGCGACGUCAACGGUCCGCCGCUUGUCGACUUCUUGUUUGGACGACCAACGGAGGCGGAGAGAGAGCAGCGUAUUCUCGCCCCCAGUUGCUGAUCCCCACCGCUCCAGAUCCAGGACCACAGAGCCCGAAGGAGUCCUUUGCCUGAUUCCCGAAUGGACGCCCACUGUUACAUCCAAGACCGCAAUAACGGACAGGGUGCCGCCGCGUCCACCUACCGGGGAAUUUUCAAUCCAAGCCAUCACGCUCCUCAUUUGCCUUCUGUUGCUUCCGACUUCCCGUCUGUGAAGGGCCUCCGUAAUGCGGGUGGGCACGUGUGAUGCGGACGGGGGGGUGCUGUUGAUAUUUUAGGGGCCAUGAUCAUGGCCAGCAAACGAAGGUUUAAGUAGGGGCGGUAUGCCACGCUGGGUGCUGCUUUCCUCUCUCCCUUCCCUCCUUGCACUCCAGCAGCCAGGACAAGGUGACAUUGUGGCGUCUGUCAAGAUGAGGUCUGCCUCUAGGUUUCUCGGUGCCCUCGCGGCGGUGGCUUCGCUGCCGUCUGCGUUUGGCCAAAACAACGUGCCCAACACCUUCACUGACGCGGAGACGGGUAUUGUCUUCAACUCCUGGGGCAUUCCCAAUGGCAGCCCUCAGUCCCAAGGUGGGUGGACCUUUGGUAUGGCCCUUCCCUCGGACGCCCUUUCCACAGACGCUACCGAGUUCAUCGGUUACUUGGUAGAAUGUGCUUCCAAGGAUGCGGCUGGCUGGUGCGGUUUCUCCCUCGCUGGUCCCAUGACCAACUCCCUCCUCAUCACCGCUUGGCCACAUGAGGACACCGUCUACACCACUCUUCGGUACGCCGGUGGCUACGCCAUGCCCGACAAGUACGCCGGCAACGCCGAGAUCACCCAGAUCCGCUCCAGCCAAAACUCCACACACUUCUCCCUGGUUUUCAGGUGCAAGAACUGCUUGCAAUGGGAUCACAACGGCUCAACCGGUGGGGCCUCGACCAGCGGCGGCUUCUUGGUUCUUGGCUGGGUUCAGGCUUUCCCCUCGCCUGGCAACCCGACUUGCCCUGAUCAGAUCACCCUCGAGCAGCACGACAACGGUAUGGGCAUCUGGGGCGCCGUUCUCGACGAGAAUGUUGCCAACCCAUCCUACACUGCCUGGGCUGCUCAGGCUACCAAGACCGUCACUGGCGACUGCGGCGGUCCCGUUGAGACCGGUAUCAUCGGUGUGCCUGUUCCUACUGGCACCGCCUUUGACUACAUUGUCGUUGGUGGUGGUGCCGGUGGUAUCCCCACCGCUGAUAAGCUCAGCGAGUCUGGCAAGAGCGUUCUCCUUAUCGAGAAGGGUAUUGCCUCCACUGGCGAGCACGGUGGUACCUUGAAGCCCAAGUGGCUUGAGGGCACUCAACUCACCCGCUUCGAUGUCCCCGGUCUUUGCAACCAGAUCUGGGUUGACAGCAACGGUAUUGCUUGCACUGAUACCGACCAGAUGGCUGGUUGCGUCCUCGGUGGUGGCACUGCUAUCAACGCUGGUCUCUGGUUCAAGCCUUACUCUCUCGACUGGGACUACCUCUUCCCUACCGGCUGGAAGGCCAAGGACGUUGCUGGUGCCAUCAGCAGGGUCUUUUCCCGCAUUCCCGGCACUGACACGCCUUCCCAGGAUGGUCAGCGUUACCUCCAGCAAGGUUUCAAUGUCCUUGCUGGCGGUCUCCGGGCUGCUGGCUGGCAGCAGGUCACGGCUAACAACGCCCCUGACCGCAAGAACCGCACCUUCUCCAACACCCCUUACAUGUUCUCCGGUGGUCAGCGUGGCGGCCCCUUGGCUACCUACCUUCGCACUGCCAAGACCCGCCCCAACUUCAACCUCUGGCUCAACACCGUCGUCAAGCGUGUGAUCCGCACCGACGGCCACAUUACCGCCGUUGAGGUCGAGCCCUUCAGAGAUGGUGGCUACAAGGGUAUCGUCAAGGUCAAGGACGUCACCGGCCGUGUCGUUCUCUCUGCCGGUACUUUCGGCAGUGCCAAGAUCCUCCUCCGCUCCGGUAUUGGUCCCGCCGACCAGCUCGAGAUCGUCAAGAACUCGGUCCUCGACGGCCCUGACUUCAUCAACAACGCCUCGUGGAUCAACCUCCCCGUUGGCUACAACUUGGAUGACCACCUCAACACCGACACCGUCAUCAGCCACAACAACGUCGGCCCUGCCUUCUACGACUUCUACCAGGCCUGGACCGCCCCCAACACCACCGACGCCAACAAGUACCUCUCCUCCCGCUCUGGCAUUCUCGCCCAGUCGGCCCCCAACAUCGGCCCCAUGUUCUGGGAGGAGAUCAAGGGCGCUGACGGCAAGGUCAGACAGCUCCAGUGGACCGCCCGUGUCGAGGGCUCCUUUGACGUCCCCAACGGCUACGCCAUGACCAUGUCCCAGUACCUCGGCCGCGGCGCCACCUCGCGCGGCCGCAUGACCAUCACCCCUUCCCUCACCACCAUCGUCUCCGACGUCCCCUACCUCAAGGACCCCAACGACAAGGAGGCCGUCAUCACGGGCCUGAACAACCUCCGCGCCGCCCUCAACAACGUCCAGGGCCUGACAUGGAACUACCCCACCGCGUCCAUGUCCUCGCGCGAGUACGUCGACUCCAUCCCCGUCACCCCCGGCGUCCGCCGCGCCAACCACUGGAUGGGCACCAACAAGAUUGGCACCGACGACGGCCGCCUCGGCGGUACUGCGGUUGUGGACCUCAACACCAAGGUGUACGGCACCGAUAACUUGUUUGUUGUUGAUGCGUCCAUCUUCCCUGGUACUCCCGCUACCAACCCGAGCAGUUAUAUCGUUACUGCUGCUGAGCACGCCUCUGCCAAAAUUCUGGCGCUGCCGCCUGCGCAGGUGAAUGCCAAGUGGGCGCAGUGCGGGGGGAAGAACUGGACGGGGAGCUUCCAGUGCGCUGCGGGGAGCACGUGCCAGAGGCAGAAUGAUUGGUAUAGUCAGUGCCUUUAAAGGUUGAGGGGGUGAUAACCUAGGGGAAGGAAACCGGGG